AUGAAGUUUAUUAAUUCUCUUUAUAUAUUUGUAGUAGUAUGUGGUGCUGCUAUCAUGUCAUUGUCUCUUGUGUCUGGUCAUGGAUUCAUGAUUGAACCAAAGUCACGUCAAUUUGUUUGUAAUUCCAAUCCAAGUAACUCUAUUUGGUGGCCUGAAAAUGGAGAUGGUAUUGUAGAUGCUGGUUGCAAAGCUGCCUUUAAAUAUGUCAAGGCUCGUGGUGGAAAUGCUCAAUAUCAAUUCACUCAAGCUAAUGAGUAUUCAGUCAAUAUUCCACAAUAUGCUAAUGGGUAUAGUGCACUAACAGCAGCUGUUCCACAAUACCUUUGCUCUGCCAAUGCUGAUGGAACAGGUAAUUUUGGGGACAAAACAGGUAUGUCUGCUGGUGUACCAUCACUUGUUGGAGGUGCUUGGACUGUUGGUACUACCUACCAGGUCGCUUCGACAUCUGUCACAUCAAAGACUGUCAACUUUACAUUUUGUGCAACUGCAACACACUCUCCAUCAUUCUGGGAGAUUUACAUUACCAAUCCAGGUGUCAAUGUCGAUACAACCAACUUGACAUGGAACCAUGUGUCAUUGGUCCAAUCAUUUGGCAAUAUCGUCCCAGUUACUGGUUCAUGGACUGGAUGUCCAGCAACCAAAGCCUACAUCUUUACAGUCACUCUACCAACCAGAUUUGCCAAAUCAACUAUCAUUUCUCGUUGGCAACGUGAUGAUCCAGUUGGUGAAUGUUUUAUCAAUUGUUGUGAUAUUUUAUUUACUGUUUAA